ACAUUUAAGAUCUACACUAUAGGAAGCAAAAUUGUAUCUUAAGCUACUGCUAAACAAAAAUUAUAUAGUAAGCGUGAAAUUCAAGAUACACAGAUUAGUGAGAAUGUCUCGAUAUUUUAGUUCCUCAAGAAGUUUCGUGUCAUUUACUAUUUGCAAUUUAUCUUUUGACUAAAAGUGUAUAGACGGCUUAAUUGGUACCGAGACGUAUAUUACAUAGCGCUAAUUUUUUUUUUUUACACGUACCAAGCUGAAGGGGUAAGAAGUUAAAACAUUCUCCAACAAACAAGAUUUGCACUCUUGUCAUUAUAUUUUAUUCACCUUUAAUAAAUUGUAUAUAGCGCUGAUUAUACGCUUUCUGCUCGAUGCUUACAUUCCACAAGCCUGAGAAUGCUAUUCGUCGAGUUGAGGAACUUCGCUCAAUAGGACAAGAUGAAACAGCAUUACAGCUACUUCAUUCUGUUGUAAAUCACCGCCGAUUUAGAGUACAUGGAUGGGAUUCUUCGCAAGAAUUGAUGAUGAUACAGUAUAUAGCACUUUCUGUUGACUUACAACGUCCUCGUAUGGCUCGCGAAGGUUUACAUCAAUAUCGUUAUGUUACCCAUCAGUCUAAUGUAGGGUCUCUUGGGAAGGUAAUAGUAGAGUUCAGAAACCGUGCAGAAGAACAAUUACAAAGUGUUAAGAAUGAGUGUACUGAUUGUAUGGAUCCAAGUCUAAUUAGAGAGAAUUUAGAGCAGGAGGAAACACCAGAAAGUUUACUACUGGCAAGCCUGCAGAUUGAAAGGAGAGGAGCAAAAGAGAAGAAGUUGCAUGAGACACUAAGAUUUAUGUGGGAGACAUAUAAGAUGAUAUUAGACAUAAUUAGAUUAACACCAAAGCUUGAAAGGACAUAUCAUGAAACAGCACAAAAAGCCUUGGAAUUUUGCUGGCAACACAAUAGAGCAAGUGAGUUUAAGACUUUAUGUGAAUUACUACGCAGUCACUACCAGUUACUAAUUACAAAUCGUCAUAAGCCAGAAAUAGAAUUGAUGUUGCGACCGGAGUGCCAUUUAGAGACCCGUAUUGUGCAACUGAGAGGAGCAGCUAAAUUAUCUUUAUGGAAUGAAUGCUUCAUGACAGCAGAAGAGAUCUUUCAUUUGGGUUUAUUUCAACAUGAUCCAAUAAUUGGUAAAUAUCAUUCAAGUGGAAUUACAUAUACUUCUAAUCCAGGAAACUUCGUAUUUUCGGGUACUAAUAUGUCGGUACCAUCUGGAGUAUUAGCAUCUGUUUCACAUGGAUUGGAUAUGUCGGCCUUGUCAAUGAAGGUGAGACCAACUUAUUUGCGUUGGAUAGCUUUAUAUUAUGACAUACUGAGCAAAAUGUUUUUGUUAACAGAAAACUAUUCAUUUCAUGCAUUGGCGCAUAUGAAAUAUUUUCUCCAUCUAAAACAAUUUAAGAAGAAUGUGUCAUCUUCUGAGCUUGGAAAGAUGGCCUCAACUGUUGUCCUAGCUACACUAUCUAUUCCACUGAGCGAAAAUAGUAUGACUACUCUAAAUAAAUCUAAGACAGUAACUCAGGUUGCACUUUCACUAUCUUCUAUAUGCGAUGGAUUUACACAUAGUGACCAGGUUAAAAGGGCAGCACUUCUCCUUGGAUCCCCUUAUAUCCCAAAUCGUGAAAUUUUAAAGGCAAUGCUACUAUCCAAGGGAAUCUUGCAACUGGCAAGCCCAAUAUGUCGUGAAUUGUAUGAUGUUAUUGAAGGUAAAGCAAAUACACUGAAGAUAUGCAUCAAUACACACAGGUAUUUUACUUCAUUACAAAGUGCAGAUGAGGAUUUUAGAGAAUAUGUAAGGCCAUUAAAGUCUACAGCUCUAACGAAGUUAUUUCUUUUGAUAUCCCGUGUAUAUUCAUCUAUAAGCAUUGAUCAGUUUUUACAGGAAAUAUGUCCCAAUGAGUUUCUUCCUUGGACAGAAACUGAGAAGUUAUUGGUCCAACUAUCUAAUUCAUCUUUAAUUCAACUAAGAAUAGACUAUGCUAGAAGAAGUAUAUAUAGCCAUGAUAAGGGUAUAAAUAACAUAUAUAUGAACAAGUGGAAUAUUGAUAUUGCAAUAUAUGCAUUCAAAUUAGAGUCAUUAAUGCGCAAGCUAAAUACUGAAAAUAUCUCAGGGGGCGUUUCUAAUCAAUAUACAAAGAUAUCUCAAAUGGUAGGUAGGAGACUACCAAUUGAAAUGGCAACUAUGGAUAAGCGCAUUGAGGAAAUUCGUUUUAGAAGGAAAGAGCGUAGGGAAGAACUUCGAAGAGUUGAAGAAGAUAAGAAGAGACAGGAGAAGGAGGCAAAGGCACAAGAGGAGCUUUUGGAGAUUCAGAAGCGUGAAGAAGAUCGUAGACGCAGAGAAGAAGCAAGGCAAAGAGAGGAAAUAAGACGUGGAAAAAUUGAAGCGUGUCAAAAUAUGUUAGAGACUAUAAAAAAACUGGUUUUGAAGCAUACAGCAAAUAGUAGUAAAACAACUAUCAAAGGUAAAGCUUUAGAUGACAUCACUUUGGAUGACUUGAUGGAAGGAAGGAUACAGUAUGAUGACUUGGAGAAACUCCAAGAAGAACAAUGUAACUUUGAGAGACAAGAAAGGAUCCGUCAAAGGAAAAUGGAAGCUAAACGUCUUGAUCAUCUUGCUAGAGCCUUUAGAACAGAAGAGAUACCUCUUUUAAGAAAGUGGAGAGAAGAGACUAUUAUUAAAGACAAGAUUUUGAAUGAAAAUUUACAGGAGAGAUAUCAAAUUGAAUUAAAUACAGCUAGAAAAGAGGCACGUAGCGAACGUGAACUUUUAAAGAACCUAUUACCAUACUUAAAUAAAUGGAAAGAAGCUCAGCUUGAAGUUCGCAAAGAUGAACUAAAGCGUGAGCUAGAAAGUCAGAAGUAUCGCUGUAUUAAAAAGAUAAAGGAGAUGAAGAUUGCAAGAGCUAAGGUGAGAAGAAAUGAAUAUAUUGAAAGGAAACAAAAAGAAGAUGAACAGAGACGAAAAGAAGAAGAAAGUAGACUUUUAGAGGAAAAGAGGUCUAAAAUGCAGAAACAAAUAGAGAUCCAACGUAAGCGUGAUGAAGAAAUUGAAGCAAAGCUUAAACAACAAUAUGCAAAUACAAGUCAUGAGGGGCGAGGUCAAAGUGACAUAGCUAUUAACCAAGGUAACCGACGGAAGUUAUACAAAGAUGAGUUUUCUAAAGGUAAUAUACACAGUACACACAGCACAAAUGGCACCACGAGGAGAAUGAAUCCAAACACUGAUGUCAAUUUUAUUGAUCUAAGAAGGAUGAACAGUAGGGAUAGCAAUAAGUCUGGACAAGUUGGGAAUAAAAGUGAUGGACCAAGUAUAACGCGUAGUAAUACCCAGAAUCGUCGCACUAUGUGGUCAAAUCAGAAGGAACGCGACAUUGAUGGCAAGUGGAGAUGA